GCGCCAUGGCGGAGCUUUCGGCCGACGUGUGUGCUUUCCUGCGGGAGCACCCGAGUCUGCGGCUGGAGCCCGGCGCCCACAAGGUGAAAUGCGCGCUCACCGGCCACGAGCUGCCCUGCCGCCUGCCCGAGCUCCAGCUCUACACCCGCGGCAAGAAGUACCGGCGGCUGGUCCGCGCCGCCCCGGCCUUCGACUACGCAGAGCUCGAGCCGCACAUCGUGCCCAGCACCAAGAACCCUUCUGGACGGGGUCAGCCUCGCACGUGUAAGGAGAAUUCGGUGGAGCUGGACACGCAUGGCCGCCAGUGGCUGAAGGGAAGUGGGCGAGAGCGGCUGCUCCUGUUCAUCCCGCGCCUUGCCUGCCGGUCUCCCACGUGCCUUUCCUGGUCCUCGACGGGCUGCCCAGACUGGCCAGGCCUGUGUUCCAGGGCAAGGCACCAGCUGUUCUGCAGGCUCACCCUGCGGCACAUCAACAAGUCCCCAGAGCACGUGCUGAGGCACACCCGGGGCCGCCGGUACCAGAGAGCUCUGCGAGAAUAUGAAAAGUGUCAGCAGCAGGGUGUGGAGUACGUGCCUGCCUGCCUCUUGCACAAGAGGAGGAGGAGAGAAGACCAGACAGAUGGCGCCAGGCCGCGGCGUCCGAAAGAGGCCUUCUGGGAACCUGUGUCUAGCGACGAUGGCGCAGCCACGAGUGACAGUGGCGACAGCAUGACGGAUCUGUACCCACCCGAGCUGUUCACCAGAAAGGACCUGGGAGGGACGGAGCCUGGGGACAGCACCGAGGACUUUCGGACAGAAGAGGAGGGCGAGGAGCCAAGGCGCGCCACAGGGACGAGCCCCGGGGACGGAGAGCCGGCGGCGGCCCAGGCGCUGGUCCACAAGCGGAGGAAGAAGCAGUUGAGCUCAUCGAGGAGGAAGUUUAGAAGUCGUCAUCGUGAGGCUCAGAGCUCCGGCUCUUUUAAACAGUCCGGUUUGUAAACGGCCGCAGACAAAGCGCGUGUGGAGCACCAUCGAGAACUCCUCAGCCACCGGACCCCGCGCUCCUCUUCCAGCCGCCCGCAGUGCGUCCUCGCAGCCACUGAGGUGCCCCAGGGCCUUCUCCCUCCACCCUGCGCCGGCUGCCCCCGAAGGUGGGGCUGGGGUCAGAGCCCCGGGCGUCAGGUGCACGCUCCCCACCCCCAGGGAGCACAGGCACCCUGAGGGAAGAGCUCGGUCCAGACGUGGCUUCUGAGUGCUCCUCAGCGAAGCCUGGAGGGUCUGUCAAGCUCACUCGGCGUCCAGGGAGAGGCCUGGCCAGGCCCCGCACCGGCGGGACAACACCAGAGGAUCACACUGCGUACAACAAAUGCCAUUAUUUAUUUCGAUGUUUCCAAAAAUCAAAACGUUUUCAAACACAACUAAGAUAUAAAAUACAGCAUAAAAUGAGAUUUAUACCUAUUUCCCACAUAAAGCAAAAAAAUUUUCAGAAAUUGUUUUGUCAAAGCCAA